CUGAUGCUGGUAACUAAGGUGGAAGAAGAACCAGAAGGUGUUAAAUAAUAUGGGUAAAGAGGAUAUUACGUUGCAAGGGGUUGUUGAGGGGAUCCAAACCUCCUCCAUCUCCUUCCCCUUCUUGGUCUUUGCAUAUCCAAACAUAAGGAAGGAGACAGCCUCCCCUCCUUCUCCCUCAAUUACCAUCCGUCCCCUUCACUCCCCAUCCCUCUCCGUUGGUCUCCCUCAAUCCAAACAGGGGAGAGCAAGGAGUCGGCCUGAUCCAUUGCUAGGAAGGUGGAGAAAAGGCGAAGGGCUGGGGUGGCGGUGGAGGGCGGUCGGGCACUUCAUAGUCUACUAUGGUUGCUUGGCCGCUUUUGGGUCGAUACGGGAGAGGUGAAUAUUAGGAAGCAAGCGCUGAUUCUUUUAUGAGUUUUGAACUUUGGGUUGGUGAAAGGUGAUGGAAGCAACUAUAGGUGAGGUUCGUUGCGAACCUAGACAUUUGGGUAUUUUUCAUUGUUCUGAGGAAUUUAUAGAUCUCGAAGAGAGAAUUUGGUAAACGAAAACUCUGCAAGAAAGUGGAGAUGGAUUAGCAAGAGAUAUGUAUUAGAUGCAUCCAUUAACAUUUUCAGAGGUGAGUUGAUGUGUUGGAAUUGCAAAUCAGAAGAAACAGUUCUAGACAGGGCAAUUGAUAACAUUUGGAACGCAGCCUAAAUGAGGUUGCUAUAUUAGAAGUUUCAAGUUCAAAUAUGAAGACAAGCAAAGAGGGGCAUGGUAUUAUAUAGCUAAAUACUAAAAUGUAAAAAAAAAGAUUAGUUUAAUAACUAAGUUGGUCUUAGUUAAUGAAACUUUGUACUCACACAAAUUCUUGUGUCUAUAGGGUUUCCAUAUUAGAAGUCUCAAGUUCCAAUAUGAAGACAAGCAAAGACGGAUAUACAGCUGUAUAGCUAAUACUAAAAUGUAAAAGAAAGGAUUAGUUUAAUA